UUGUGUUAUCGUAACGUAACUCAACUGAAAAUGGAUCGAGAAUGGGGAUCGAAGCCAGGGAGCGGAGGUGCGGCGUCGGCGCAGAACGAAGCCAUAGACCGGCGAGAGCGUCUCCGGCGACUGGCUCUGGAGACCAUAGACUUGGCGAAGGAUCCCUAUUUCAUGCGCAACCACCUCGGAAGCUACGAAUGCAAACUCUGUCUCACUCUCCACAACAACGAGGGUAACUACUUGGCCCACACUCAGGGCAAGCGCCACCAAACCAACUUGGCCAAACGUGCCGCUCGCGAGGCCAAGGACGCCCCCGCCCAGCCCCAACCCCACAAGCGCAAAGUCACUCUUCGAAAAACAGUGAAGAUUGGACGCCCUGGGUAUCGUGUGACCAAGCAGUAUGACCCGGAGACAAAACAAAGAUCUCUCCUAUUCCAGAUUGAAUAUCCGGAGAUUGAAGACCUCAUGAAGCCGAGGCACCGGUUUAUGUCCUCCUAUGAACAGAGGGUGCAACCCUUUGAUAAAAGGUAUCAGUACCUCUUGUUUGCUGCUGAACCAUAUGAAAUCGUUGCUUUCAAGGUGCCCAGCACGGAGAUUGACAAGUCCACUCCAAAUUUCUUCUCGCACUGGGAUCCUGACUCCAAGAUGUUCACGCUACAAUUGUAUUUUAAAUCCAAGCCGCCAGAGGCGAACAAACCGCAGCCUGCCUCUACUGCCAAUGGCACAGCACCAUCUGGUGUACCACCAAGGCCUUUGCCCCCACCACCCCAAGGUCCACUACCACCACCUCCACCUCCUCCACAAGGGCUACCUCCUGGUGCACCCAUGGCAAAUCCUCCUAGAGCUCCUCCACCUCCAAUGCCGGGAUCUAUGCCACCUCCUCCUAUGGCAGCAACUAACGGUCCUAGACCUGCACCUUCUGGUGGAAUGCCAUCUAUUCCACCCCCACCCCCUGUUGCAAGUGGGACAUCGGGUUUCAACAUGGGUGCUAGACCUCCAUCAAUGCCACCUCCACAAGGUUUUCCUUCCCAACCCAUGCAGGGCCAUGGUGUCCGUCUUCCUCCUCCACCCCCAAACAUGGGACAGUAGGUCCUCAGGCUUUAGGACAGCAAGCAUCAUUGGAAGUGCUAAACAACUGUAGUAGAAUGUGUCCGUUAAGGACUUAAUGCUUUGUAUGGUAGAGGCAAGGUUUCUUAAGCAAUACACCAAAUUACCUGUACACUCUUCAUUGUGCCAUUUUUACAUUUACAAAUUAAGAUGUUGAAGUAUCGAGAUUUUUGGCUUUGGUGGUAUUUAUGUCUUUGGAGUGACCGUGUCCACAAAUUUAGGUCUCAGUAGCUUGAUAUGAUUGGAAUAUUUUGGUUUGUUGCAAGUAAUUUAGGAUCUAGGCUUGAUCGGGUCAUUUAUGUAGUAGUAACUACUUGAUUAUGGGGAAUCACAGGUGAUACGGUUUCCGCAA